UACAGGACGAUGAAGAGAGACGUCAGGAGUCAGAGAAGAAGAUCAGAUGAAGACUGAAGAAAGAAACGAAUAUCAACAUGUCCACCACAGAUACCAGAGUGAUUGUUUCCCACAAUCCUCCUCGCAGGAGAAAAAAGAGCAAAAGCCCACCUCCUCUGAUGAGUGAUCUGAGGAUUGCUCUUCUGGGGAAGAGUGUGUCUGAAAACAGUCUGGUGGGGAACUUCAUCUUAGGACGAGCAGCGUUUGACAGUAAAGCUCCUCCAGAUGUUGUAGAGAGAGUCGGAGGAAGACUGAAGGACAGACACCUGAUCAUCAUCAACAGUCCUCAGCUGCUUCAGAGGAACAUCUCAGAUCAUCAGAUCACACACACAGUGAGAGAGUGUGUGUUUCUGUCUGAUCCAGGACCUCAUGUCUUCAUACUAGCACUGCAGUAUAAAGACUUCACUAAGAAGGACUUGAGUAGAGUGAAACAAGUGCUGAAAGAAUUCAAUGAGCAUGCAAUUAAACGCACCAUAGUGCUCACAACUGACAAAGCGACACAUAGAGGAGCAUCUCAUGUGGAGGUGGCCUUCGUGGAUGAGUCAUGUUCCCACUGCGGGAAGAUGACUAUCUCAGAAAAGCGAACCAGACUCUGCUACCUUCAGGGGGCAGAGUCCUGUUGCCGCUGCCAUGAUCUGGGGCUGGUUCUGGCGGCCGACAGACGAGAACCACUUCCGGCAGUAGCAUGGGUGGUUUGA